CAUAAUAAAAUAAUCGGUCAUUGCGAACUACAAGAUGGGUACUGUGUUGCAGUUUGCAGCUUUCCUCUGUAUAUGUUGGCUGAUAAGAGGCGUAAUAACUCAUCCCAAUCAGGACGACGACAAGAGAUUGACUAAUAAGCCUCCAAAUCAAAAUGAUCCAGCCGGAAGAGACUUUUAUUUUGACGAACAAAGAGCAAAUGACGAUAAUAUAAAAACUGGGAGAGCGAUUCCUCAAUCAGCUUGGUCAAAAGAAGAAAAGGAACAAAUCCAGACAGUUGAGAAUAAAACUGGAACUCAAUCAAAUGAUGAAUUUAGCGUAAAGAAUUUUUUAUCGUAUAUGCUAAAUAUGGUUCAAGAACUGAAAAAAGACAUAUUUGGUAUAAAAGAAAUGGCGUCAUUUAAAAAUAAAGAAGAAUUGGUAAAUUCUCAAAAUAAUUUUGAAGACAAGAAUAAACAGAAUAAAAUGGAAGUAAAAAAUGAUGCCCCAAAACAUGGUGACUCACCAGAAAACAAUGAGUUUAAAAGGGAAAAUCAGCAGCACAGAUCAAAUUAUUUAACAGAUUAUUAUCAGAAGAACGGUAUUAAAUUUGUUGACGAUGUAGAAGAAGAUGAAGAUCUUGAAAAUUUUAGCGAUCAGAGUGAUGAUUCUUCUCAUCAACCUAUUGAAGAAAUCAACAUACAAGAAAUUAAUAUAAAAAAUAAGAAUCGCAAUCAGAAUGAUGAUUCGUCUUAUAAACCUAAUGAAAGAAUCACUAUGCAGGGAAUUAAUAAAAAUAAUAAGAAUACAUACAAUGCUAAGUGUGUGAGAAUUACGAGAAAGCCUUACACAUAUUCUUCUGAAGUCGAGAAAAUUACAACCACUCCAAGUAGUCAAACCAAAGUGUCAGAAGAAAAUGUUAAGGAUAACAAAGAGAAUAGAAAAAAUCAUAAUUUUAAAGAAUCUACCACAAAACCUUCAGCAGCUGGAAAAAAUAAUUUAAAAUCAUCUACAGAAGAAACUGAAAACAUGCCAAUUGCAUCUUCAACUUCCAAAAUAGGAAAAUGUGUUAAAAAGAAUAAUUUGAAUUCCCUCAACAAUCUAAAUGAGAAAAAAGAUCCUACUGAAAAACCUUUAAAAUCUGCUGCAAUUGUAACAACAAAGAGUCCUCAAAAUGAAAAAUCUGAUAAAACAAACUCUAAAAGACCUAAUCAGAAUAAAACUCCUAAUAAUCUUUCGAAAGGGACAUCACCAUCGUCUGAUUAUAAAAAUCCUGAAAAGAGUUCAAAAAAUAAAGGUGUCUCAGAUUUUGAUAAUAAAUCUGGUGUCCACAUACAAUCAACAACUUUGCCUCCUCAGAAUUCUAAAGAUUUCGUUUAUCCUGAAAAUAUGGGCAAUACAAAUAAACCUUAUACUUCUGACAUAUUUUCCAAAAAACCAGCAUACAGAAAGCAACAAGAACAAAACACUUCUCCGAAACCGGCAGAUGAAAAACGAAUUCAAAAUAAUGCAAAAUCUCUCAAAAAUGUUGAUAAAACAAAUGAGUAUGCUACAGUGUCAACUACUAAUCAUAGAAUGAGUACUAAAGCACAUACGAUUGGCACUGAAAUUAAUGAUAACUUUAAAGAAUCUAAAAAUAAGAGGUCCAAUGUUAUUUCUUCUCACACAACCAUAACUUAUAACGAAAAUGGACCAAAUUCAAAGUCCGAGGGACAGCAAAAUAACUUAGAUACUGAUAAUACUAUUCAAUCUACUACUUCUGAAAAUAUAAUAAAUAUGGACAAUCUGAACAAACAUUUAUCUGACAAUUUUACUGACAAAAAAAGGACAAACAAAAACGAUGAAUCAGAAAAAUUAAAUGCUAAUAAUCAGGAUAAAAGUGAUUCAGAAAGUCAAGGAGAUAGUGAAACUGAACAAUUAAAAGAGCAGCAAACAAACAAUGCUCCCGAAUCAGAAAUAUCCUUAAAAAAUAAAAAGACUAAGGAUUCAAAACCAGAAAAUGACAUAAAAGAAGCAAAUGAUAAUUUGUCUUCGACGACUCCAAGUGACCUUCAUGCUUCACAAGAUUCGAAAAGCGAAUUCCGAAAUCAUGAUAUUGAAGGGUUUGGUAAACCACAAGAACUACAGGAAAGCAACGAAGAUCUAAGUAAAAAGGACGAAAUGCCUGAAAUUUCACCAGAUUAUGAAUAUGAAUAUGAAGAUGAUACUGAGGAUUUUGAUAUUUCGGAUGAAUUGAUGGAUAUGCAAGAUGAUCAAAAUCAAGAGAGUGAAAUUAAUAUAAACAAUGGAAAAUAUGAGAACAACGAUGAAAUGUAUCCUACAACUGUUUUAAUAAACGAGUUCCAAAUUUCUGAACAAACAGGAUAUGCAAUGAAAGGAAAUUCUCAGGAACAAUAUGACACAUUUUUAGAGUAUAUCUAUAAACAUUCACAUAAUCCUUUAUUUCAGUCCUUAAAAAACCAAUCUAAUGAUUCUUCUUAUGGUCGAUAUUAAAAUUUUGAAAACUAUCUUUUUUAUUUGUGAUUGUGAAGAAUAAACG